AUGAUUGGUAAACUUAUUAAUUUAAAACAACUAAUAUUUUUUUUAACUUUUAAUUUAAUAAUUAAUUGUCAAUUUAUUUAUAAUCCUUAUGGUUUUGGAUUUACUGGAUAUAUUGAAAGACCACCUGUAGUUUAUUCCUCAGGUAUUCCAGUUACCGUACCUGGACAUAAUGGAAGAACACCAUUUAUAAAUAAUGGAGCUGGAUUUUAUAUUCAAUCUGCAGCAUUACUUAAUAAUAAUAAUAAUAUUGUUAAUCCACCAACACGUAUUAUGUCAAUACCAUCACUUAUCUCACCAUUCUCAACAUUUAAAUCCUGUAAAUAUGGUAAGAUUUGUUAG